AUGGGUCUGGACGGCGGAACAAUUAUUUCGCGCACCGACGUCAUCCGAGGAGCGUCGUGGCGCCUCGCCUCCAGGGACUCCGCGCGGUCGACGCGCGGGGGGCAGCUCUCCGCGGGCGACCUGCUGGGCGGAGAGGAGCGCGUGGGCGCGCGGGAGCAGCGCGACGCCGCGUGGAGCGCGUGCGCGCUCACGGGGGAGGCGCUGCGAGAGCCAAUCGUGGUGUGCCAGCUCGGACGACUCUACAACCGGGAGAGCGUGCUACAGCUGCUGCUGUGGCGAGCGGGUGUUGUAGCAGAAGAGAGUCACAAGUGGUGUGUGUCUCAAUCAAGUGUACUCUUUCAAUCCCUCUCUCGCAUCCCUUCCCUCCCUCCAUUCCCCCUCCAUCCAUCCCCCCUUCUCUAUCUCCCCUCUUCAACCCCUUCUCUGUCCCCUCCUCCUUCUCCACGCCCCCCUUCUCUCUCGGCCUCCCUUUUGCCCAUGUCCAUGUGCCAUCCCCCAAUUCCCCUCCACAAUCCCCCAUUCCCCCUCCAGUGGCGCUUCACCAGGCUGCAGGACCAACUGCACCGUUUUGCACACAUCCGAUUCACCAAGGUGAGAGCAGGGGAGAAGGGAAGCAGAGGAAUCGGGGGAAACGGGGGAGCUGAGGAAGGGGGAAGCAGGGGACGCUCCCGCUUCCCACCCUCCCCUCCUCUCUCCCGCUUCCCACCCUCCCCUCCUCUCUCCCGCUUCCCACCCUCCCCUCCUCUCUCCCGCUUCCCACCCUCCCCUCCUCUCUCCCGCUUCCCACCCUCCCCUCCUCUCUCCCGCUUCCCCCUGCUCGCCUUUGCAGACAUUGCCUCUUGCGCUUCCCCUCAGUCGACCAUGCAGCCCACAGCAGCAGGGGUGACAGUGGCGGGGGUAACAGCGAUGAGGUGCCACCGCCAGCAAUGGCCAGCCGUGCGCACAGGGCAACAGAGCACACGCGGCAGCAGGGCACACAGGGCAGCAGGGCACACGGGGCAGCAGGGCACACGGGCUUCUCUCUCCUCCGCCCCUGUGGACAUGCCUUCAGCACACGAGCGCUGGCUCAGUUGA